AAAUUUUUAUUUUCAUCUCUCUCGUUUACCCUAAAAGAAAGAAAUAAAAGGAAAAAAAGAAAGAAAUAAAAGCAAAAGCAAGAAAGAACAAAAAACGCUCAGUAUCUCCGGCGAGUUGAACCGAACCUCAGGAUCAAUUUAGGGCACAAAGGCUUCUCGGAGACAGAAGCCAUGGGAAGAAAAAAACUAGAGAUCAAGCGAAUUGAGAACAAAAGUAGCCGACAAGUCACCUUCUCCAAACGACGCAACGGUCUCAUCGAGAAAGCUCGUCAGCUUUCUGUUCUAUGCGAUGCAUCCGUCGCUCUUCUCGUUGUCUCAGCCUCCGGCAAGCUCUACAACUUCUCCUCCGGCGAUAACUUGGUCAAGAUCCUUGAUCGAUAUGGAAAACAACAUGCUGAUGAUCGUAAAGCUUUGGAUCUUCAGUCGAAAGAUCUGAAGUAUGGUUCACACCAUGAGCUGUUAGAGCUUGUCGAAAGUAAGCUGGUGGAAUCAAAUUCUGAUGUAAGCGUCGAUUCCCUCGUUCAGCUGGAGGACCACCUUGAGACUGCCCUCUCCGUAACUAGAGCUAGGAAGACAGAACUAUUGUUGAAGCUUGUUGAUAGCCUCAAAGAAAAGGAGAAAUUGCUGAAAGAAGAAAACCAGGGUUUGGCUAGCCAGGUGGAGAAGAAUAAUCUUGCGGGAGCCGAAGCUGAUAAAAUGGAGAUGUCACCUGGAAAAAUCUCUGAAAUCAUUCGUCCGGUAACUCUCCCACUGCUUUAUUAGCCACCUUAAUUCCAAAACUUGUGAGUUGUGACUGAAAACAAAAAUAAGUUACCUAAUUAUUCCCCUAGAAGGGUGACCGUUGUAUAUCUUCACUCUCUUUGGCUGAGAGACCUCGUGUGUAAAAUCUACAGGUUAGAUUUUAAAAAAAAAUAUAUAUAUAUAUAUAUAUGUAAGACAUGAAUUGUGGAUCUUUGUACCUUCUUCGAGAGAAAUUGCAGAGAGUUUGUGUGUU